AAGGUAUACCUGUCUCGAGCACCACGGGGUGUAAAUUGCGACCGUGGCACCGACAGUCAGCUAGAUGGACAAAGACACGCAGAACCUUCGCAUUGGUAUGUAUACCUACAAGAAAGAUGCGCCAUGGAUAAAGAGAUGGCCCGAUUCUUUGGAAACUUGGAACGUGUUAUGGAAUUUUCGACGUACAGCAUUAGCCUGGAUCGAGAGAAAUUCCAAGGGAGAAGGGAACGCUGGUAACGAGUGGUAGAAAAACAAAGAGAAAUUGGGCGGUGGUCCUUUGCUGACUGAUUUUGUAGCUUGGGGUGAAUCGGGGUGACGCCCUGGCGAUCGGAACCAGAGGCACCUAGCGCGCCAUCUUCGAGAAGAUAAAGAGAAUUUCCGAACCGUGUGCCUGGUCGUGUACCGGCAACCUCUCUUCGCCCGAUCAACGGUCCUGGAGCCUAACUGUGACGGGGAAACGAUCAAAUCAGGUAACGCAACUCUAGUAGACUAGCGAAGAAAUAAUGUUCAAAAAACCGGAUACGUUGCUGCAAUAUGCAACAAGCUUGUUAUUUGAGAUACUGUUUACGUGGAUUGUCGCUAGUUGUGUGAAUAAUAUUUUGAUGAAUAUUAAUUUCUCGAAACUGGUAAUCAUAUAGUGUUUCUAGAAUAACAGUUAGUUUCUUCGAGGAGAUAUUUAACUAGAUAGAAUCACGAUAAUUGUACAUUUUAGCAGAAUUGAGUUUGUAAAAUUUGUAAAACAAAUUUUAUUAAUUGCACGUUAUACGAAUAUACUACAAAUUGCUUCGGAUGUGUCUACUAAAUAAAUUACGAUACAGACUAUUAUUACGAUACAGACUAUUGAUAAUCUAUAACAAAAGUGAUGGUGUUAUGCACUUGGUUAGUUGCAUCAAAUGAUUCAUUGAAAUUAAUGAUUAGCUAAUGUUCAGUUGCUAUUAAUAACGACUACUACUGAUAAAUUAACGCCGGUUUUAACGUAAUUGUUACGAGUCAAUGAAAUUGAAUAAUAUACAAACACGUUGACAUUAUAGCCUGGUUUUAUUGAAAUAGUAUACUAUAUCAAGCAAUAUAUUAAUGUAACGUAUUGAAAGAUAAUGAUUAUAGACAAAUUUCAUUCUAUCCAUUAUGCAAAUCCGCGUAAUGUCUCACUUUUUAUUCGGUUUAUCUAAUCGUAACAGUUUACACGCUAUUUAGUUCGUAUACGUAUGAUCAAUUAAAAAGCAAUGUGUGUAAUGACAUUAAACACAAUCAAGGUCGCGGUCCGUUUUGCUCGUGACUGUUUUACCGACUUGCUUUGUCUACCGCGAAACUUAUUUACCUAGCGAGCAGGAAUUUGUCGGCUUUGUGGAUAUUUUAUCUGCAACUUGGUCCCAAACUUCUCUUGCAAUUUCAAAUUUCUUUUAGUAUUUCGUCUGGUAUCAUGAAAAUAUAUAUCCUCCUUGCUAUAUAUUGCAUGAAAUUUCUUGAUAAAUUACGCAUUGUGUGAAAAAUAAGUAGAAAGAUUUUACAAUACAUGAAAAUUAAAAUGUUAGUCAUGUCCAAACUACAGAAAUAAUUCACUUCAGAAAAUUUCUUGCCGAAAUUUUAUCUUGGACAUACAAAAUUCUAUCGUACCGCAAAUCCAAAUCAUAUAAAAUAUUUAACAUCUAUCAUCAUCAUACAUGUCACAGACUGUGCCAUUAUUGAAAAUGUGUCAACGUUACCAAUUCCCGAGACACGCUUAAAAAAUUAACAUCGAAAAAGGGCACUUUUGUCGUUAACACAUUUUAUGAGGACGAUCUACUUGGUCGCAGAUGCGCAGAGAAAUUCGACCGUCCGGAAUCUCUCGUUCCGAGCGAUAAAACGAAGCGGCGCAAUCGAAGGGCGAGAAAAAGCGUAAGGAUGAGGCGGUGGAGAAAGAUUCGGCCCUAAAACGCCGACGAGGCACAGAUAAGAAACGAUCCUGUGACGUUUCGUCUGCUCGUAUCUUGCAGAUUACCAAUUCCUUCUACUAUAGGAUCGCAGGAGGUGAGAAGUUUGCGUUCAGCAUCCGUCGAGAACGCACGUGAAACAAGUAGCAGAAGUUAUCAACGUGAGUAAACCGUUCUUCCUUCGUAUUGACAUGAAUUUGAUUAUUUUUGUUUUGCCUUUAAUUCCUCGUGUAUUCUCCGAUCGUUAAGACUCAUUGUCUUUAAAUAUACAGAUGGUAACGGUCGUUCGUGAAAGUGGGGUAUAACUUUAAUCAUGCGUCUCGUGUAUUCAACGAUCGUUUUGCAAAUGUUUCCAUACGUACACGAUGUUUCUGCAAGCCACAGAAAAAUGUAAUGUAAUUGUUAAACUUCGUGUUCUAAAAGACGAGCUAAGAGAAUCGAAUGUCGGGAACGUAGUUCGCGUUCACGAUGCAUGGUUUGUUAUUACGAACAAUUUUAUUAAUGCUCCGAGAAAGUAUGGCAAUGCACGAAUACGGUGAUUAUGGUGUAGUCUGGAAAUUGAUCUAUUAAUUCUUGGAACGUACCAACGGCAACGGUUAUAAUAAUUUUCCAUGUUUUAUCGAGAAUUAUCGAGAUUUGGUUUGCUCGAUGGUGGAAAAAUAAAAAGAAAAAAAAAAACAGAUGAACUUUCUCUAGGCAGUUCUUAAAUCUCGUGAGAAACAUUAAGUGGAAAGAAGUAAUAAUAUCUUUUUAUCGACCAAAAGAGUAAUUUUAACCGACCGAUCGUAAAGAUGUCAAAAGCGAUCCACAUUCUUGCAUGCGCUAUAAUUGUCGUCAUUCGACUAACUUUUUCUUUCGCCCCUAUAAAAGCUAGAAAUCUCACAUCAUCAUAGCGGCGUUAUGCUGUUAAUUUAUUAUUCGUUUUACUACGAAACAAUAAAACAUUAAUGACUUUAUUUUAUAAUUUAUAAUACGCUAUUUCUUUUUCCGAUAGUUUUGACAAAUUAUGCCAUAAAAAAUUUAUAACUUGUCUUAAUAAACAAAAUAUACGCGUUAUUUUAUAACUCAAGAUGUUUACUUUGCAUCUCGCUAACAAUUAUAUUAAAUAGCAUUCACAAAAAAAUAGUUAUAGCUAUAUUGAAAUAUUUAUACUGUUGCUCACACAAAGAAAAAAACUAUUCCAUUUUAGAAUUCCCAUCAGAAUUGCAAUUUAAAUUCAAGUCCAUUGGCGCGUAUUCGCACUUGCCCACUACUCGAACCAACUUUGUUCCAUUAUUCUCAAUUGAAGAAAUGUUUCAUUUACUAGGCAACUACACUUUUCAUUAAAAACGACAAGAACUAUUUCAAAAUCAAGUCGAACAAUCAUAGUGAAUAAUUUUUGCACGUUUGAAUAUGACGCCUAGAUCUUUUUUUUUUUCAUCUUCCAAGAAAUGCAAUUUAAAUAUCGGGAUAUCUAUCCUUCCUAAUUCCGCAAAUCUUCGAUCAUCGUUCAAAUAUAUACGCGUAUAUCCACAAACGACUCGAAUUCUAGUCUACCGUUCAAAUUGUUGGUGGAUGUUUCUCUAUGAUUAUUUCUUAAGCAGACACUUUCGCGACGCAACGGGAUGCUCGUCGAACGAAAGGAAAGAAGGAUCGCGAAGCGAACGACCUGGCAAACAGCGCGGCGGGUUGCCAAGCACGUGACAGUCUGACGGACACGACACGACGCGUAGUGACGUAAUGACGUGGCGGAAGGUCCGGAACGCAGGGCGACAAGUGUGCGAGACAGUGACGGUGCCGCGAACGAGGCGGGCCACUUAACGACAUUAGCAGAAAGAGAGAGAGAGAGAGAGCUCGAUAGGGAUAGGCAGAGACAGACUUGUGACUCGAUGCGUUUUACUGCUGCUUUACGCCGGUUUAUUGCACCAUCAAAACAUAAAAUGUGCCCGGCCGAGAAGCGUGCACACGCGUGGGUACACCCCCACUUUACUUUUACCGCUGGCUGCCGGUUAAACCGGCCGACAUUUCCCGAUUUCUUGAUCCAAGCAACAUUCCAGCUCGUCUCUUUACCGAUCCGUUUUCCUUUCCAUGUUCUCCACCUUUUUUCAUCCUGUAACACUUUGGUGGUUUCAUUUUCCCUUAUUACUUAUUCGCAUUCCUAACGCUAUAUCCUUGUUUUUUGAACAUCUUUAAUGUUUUUCAGCAACUUCAAGCUCCACUUCACGGACGCAAACUGACCACGAGAGUAAGAACGUGGAGAGGUAAUUUGAUUUUUUAAAUCUUCAUUAGCCUGCAUGUUCUUGGUUUAGACUUUAUUAUUGCAAAUCGGACGUGUUAUUGCUGAUACAGUUUUUGUAAAACACUGUUUACAGUUUCUUGCCUGCUUAAGCUUCUUUCCAGCGUAGUCUGGUUUAUCUUUCUGACGUCGUUUCUGUUUCUACCUGUUCAUGGUCUUCGCAAUAAAUUUAAUAAUAUUGGAAUGGGAAUAUUCUACAGACACGGGAUUAUUCUAUAAUUAAUGCUUUCAAUACUAAGGUGGAUCUUUUCGGGAGGUUUCUUAUCUCCAGCAAUUUUCACACUUCACAUUUCUCACAUCCAACUAUUUCCUAUAACCAUGAUCAGCCUAUUGUAUGCGUAUAUAUGUACAUAAGAUAUUAAUCCAUUGUAAUUGCAAAACUACGUAUCGGCUCACGCCUCGAGAAAUAGAAUUCCGAAAUCCGGAGAAAGGGUUGUUCGGGAACUGGCCUGGGGAAAUAUUAUUUCAGAAAAUGGCGAUCCUCGAUGUUGGCCGGACAUGUCGCGCGCCAUUACGGCAUUUUGUCUGGCGGAGGAAACGAGAAAGGCGGGCGCAUUCCGGCGUUUUGCAUUUUGCCGACGACAAGGGAUGCCGCGUCGAUACAACUUUUGGAAACGAGAACGCGCGUUAUUGGGGAAUUUACAAAGACACAUGGUUCGUAAAUUGAAUGGGUUGCGUGUCGCAGAUUUUAUUAAUCGUGGAAGUCCGACCCGAUCGCCGCGAUUUCUAUCUUUUGGUUUCUCAACUUCGUUUCCGAUAACAUACGAUAUCGCCGUUAGUGUAAUAUCAACGUGGCAUGUUCGAAGGAAUCGAGUAUUUUUACCUUUCCCCGAGAUACAUCCACGACAUUAGUUUCGAAAUUUUAUUUCAAGUUCCACUCAAUUUUGAGAAUAAGAAUAAGCUUGAAUAAGAAUAAGCUUGAAUAAGAAUAAGCUUGAAAUAAAAUGAGAAACUUGAAAUUGAAUUGAAUUUCGCCGAGAUAAUUUUCCAAGAUUAUAAAUAACUGGCUGUAUUUUACAUACGUCGAAUGAAUUAUACGUAUGCUGGAUGCUAGUGUGAUUGAAUACUUGGGUUUGUAUUGUAGUAUUAGAGGAGUCAAUAGUGUUGCCAAUACUUUCGCAAUCCAAGCAUUUGAUCAGAAUAAUAAAAGGAAGUGAUAUGUAACAAACAUGUAUGAAUGAAUUUGCAUGGCGAUUACGUUCUAACAUUGCUUUGUUACCUCAUUCGUUUCAAGGUUGACUUUAAGUUAUGACUUCGUUCCUUAUGACAAUGUCACUACUUCAAAAUAUCCAUAUUCAAUUGAUUCGCAUCGCGAUAAAAACUUGACUAAUUGAAUGUAUUUGUAGAAAAGACCAAUGUAGUAUCUCUUGCUAAUAGGAUUGUUGAAAUUUUCAAAAAACUAGAUUGGACGAUACGGUAGCGUCAUCUGACGAAGGGUGGUUGAACGUUAGGCUCUCCCUUGUUUCGGAUAUGCCGCCAACCCCUCUGCAGAACCGACCGAUCAGACAAGAACUGAUUGGUGAACCCGCCCUUACCCCUAUACCCCGGAUGCUUCAAUGGGGGUUCCAGGAUACCGUCAGAGAUACAUAGUUCCUAGAAAUCACGCCAGAGCGAUUGCACAACUGUCCUGUGUUAUAUAACAAUGAGAAUACUUCUUAAAUAAUUAAAUAUCCUAUAUUACUCGAUACAGCAAUAAGAGAAUUGUGGUUGUAUUAUAUGUAUUAUAAUUUGACUUGAAGUGACAAUAACGAUAUGUAAAUAGAAAAUUUAUUAUUUGUCAGAUAAAUUUUCAAAGUCUAUUAACAAUUUAAGAGGUAAAUUUUAAGUUACGAGGAUCUUCCGAAUAGUUUUAACUAAUGUAGUUUAUUCAAUGAGCAAACUGACAAUCUUUUUCUCUCUGAUUUGAUUAUCUGACUUUUAAAGUAAAUAAUAUUCGGCGAUAUAAAAUAGGGUAGCUCCAUCAAUAAAAUGCUUCGUGUACGGAAAUUAUGUAUUUCAAUGAAACGCGUGCCAUCCACGAUUUAUUUAAACUCUCGAGGUGGAACAGUGAGAGAACGGAGGAGUAGGAAGUAAAGGAUUGGCGACAGGAUGAGAGGAAGCGUAACUCGUGACAUCUGUCGUUGCUAAUACGAAACGUUGUGGAAUCGGUAUGCAGCUCGCUCAACAAUGCAGGUCAAUGCACAGUGACACGAUAACUUUGGAAACGUUCAUAAAAUUUUAACUGCAUAAUAAAAACGUUACGAGCUACUAUCUCACCCAAGGAAUUACUGUUUGAAAGUUGAGUGCCGCCUUUCGCACAUCGAGGAAGGCGCCUAUCAAAAUUCGCGCGUAUCGUUUUCAAGGAUGAAAACCUGUUAAACAAAUGAAAGGUAUUUGGUAUACUUGAGAUAUAGUUGAAUAUACUUCUUUUUUAAUAUUAAAUAGAUGCAGGUAUUCAUAUCAUUCGCAUCUUUUUUUUGUUACUCUAUAAUUGCAAAUGAUACGUUGUAAAUUUGGUAUUGAUAAUUUGUAAAUUAAUUUGUAAAAUGAAUUUUUAAAUACUUAAAUAUCCAAAUUUUCCAUCACUAAAAUGCCUGGACUUUCAAUAUUAUAAAUUUCGAGAUGCCCGAUUUUCUAAACGUUCAAUUGCCCAUGCAGCCAAAUCUUUAAAUUCCCAGAUGCUUGAAUUAAAUUUUCCAAAUGUCUGAAUUAAAUUUUUAAUUGAAAUUUUCAAAUGUAAAUUACGAAAUACAAACUAUUUAUUUCUCAAAUUCGUUUCUUUAAUCCGAAUGUUUUCAUGGAAAAUGGACGCAAUAUCGGUGGGUGUCGUAAACUAGGAACAGGAAAUGUACUUACGACAACGAGUUUAAGGAUGACUUUGAACGGAUAGAAGAGGUCCGAGUCGUGCAAGGGUUGCGUGGUUGGCCUUGGAGGGUCGUUUGCACUGUUCUUGACCGCACGUAGCGGUCAGCGUAGAUCGUGGUCCUUCGAGGAAUGCAUGAAUCUCGUCGACUAUACCUACAUUAUGCUCAUUGUGCGCAUGGAAUAGUGGUUUCCCCUCUUUUCAACCGUUUCAACCAUAUGCUUUCUUACUUGAAGCCUUAAAAUCUUUUUACCAGUUUGUUACUCGUUCGACUUACCAAUUUUUCAAGUACACAUCAAGUAAAUCCAAUCAACCUUUCUACAAUUAACUUUUGCACUUCAAUCUAACCAAAUAUAACUUCGUUUAGAAUUUCGAAAAUCGAAUUCUUUUCAAAAUCAAUCACUCAGAUAUCGUCCUAUAAAUUUGUGAACGAAAUUCAACGAAUCGCGUUUCUGAAAAACUCGUAGUAAGAAAAACAAAGUAAUGUUUUCCAAUUAAUAUCAAACUUGACCGAUAUGAUUAAUUAAAUCAAUUGAAUUUAAUAAAACACACGUCUAUUUAAAAUUUCCUUAUUUUCAAGUUUUAAAGAUUUUCCAACUUGACGAUUUGCAAGCUACGCUCACAGCGCAGAAUAGAGAGAAACGACGAAACAAAGAGGCGUCGGAAUGCACACGGAGGAAAGGAAUACCUUGGUACGGACGUUCGGCAAAGCGGAGCGUGCAUUCGUCGGCCGUUAUCGUGGCAAAGUUAUGGCCGAUCGAUAAGGAAGUCUUGCGGGUUUACGGUGGAAACGAUGAUUUCGAGGUCGCUCCUCGGAUGCUGUCCUCCGAAAAUUCGACGGAGAUCCCGCGGACAUCUGCUCGACCAACUUUCGGGAAAGAGUUUCAA